AUGUCCGCUCCUGCCGCCUCUCGCGCCCCUUCGUCAGCCGCGUCGUCCGACCCCACCAACGUCCUGCGUUCGUGGCUCGACGUACACCAGCUCCCGGUGGCUCCCGAGGAAGUCUUGGAGUUCCUCGAUGGUCACUACGUGGCACUGAACCGUUACCGACGCUUCGCGCGCGGCUUACCCCUCGAGCAGCUGCUCGUCGACAUCGUCGACAUGAACCUUCGCACCGCCGCCCGUGCGAACCUCGACGCCGCCCAUCAAAUGGCCGAGUCGACCCCUGACUUCGCCGAGCUCACGACGGCCAUCGCGCUGAUCGAGCGUGAGGUCGAGCUCCGCCGGUUGCAAGAGGAGAAGGAACGCGCCGCGCGUGAAGCCGAGGCCCUCCGUGCCCGCGAGGCGGAACUCCUCGUUCAACAGGAGCAGGAGCGUAAGGCCGUCGAGCAGCGCGAGGCUCUCGCGAAGGCCGCUGAAGCUCGGGCUGCCCCGCCUCGUGACGACGACGUCGAAGACGUAACUGACCAAGCCCCCGCCCCUCCGAAGGACAAGGGCAAGAAACGCAAAGCCGACGACCAGUCCGAGGCCGACAACGACGCCCUCUCGACGGUUCGAGUCGAUCUGUCGCACCUCCAGGGGGUACAGAGGGUGCGCGCGCAACGCGCGUACGACUUUUGGAGCGCUAACCCGGUCUGCGACCGAUGCGCGACCGGCUUCGCCGAAGUCCGUAAGUGCGUGUUCGUCGAGGAGCACAACCUCAAGUGCGACUUGUGCUUCUCGCAGCACCAGGCGUGCUACUACGGUGGCGCCACGUUCAACGGGCAGCUGAAGCUGUCACGCAGCGGUAAGGGCAAGAAGGAGAAGGAGGAGCCACUCGAAGUUGCGGUCCCCCGUCCAAGCAAACGCCCCCGCCUCGAGGAUGGUAACCUCGGCGGCGGAAGCCUCGUGAGCUUCCAGGCUCGCGUGCGAGAGCUCUUCGGGGACUUCAGGUCCAUCCCCGAAGCUGCGCAGACCCAGGCGAUCGCUCUCGGCACCCAAGCACGCGUCCGCCAGGCGUUCGAGGUGGCCGCCGCUCGCGCUGAGGCCUUGACCACGCAGAUGGAGGUCUUGUCGAUCGAACUGUCGUGCGUCGAGGCCGUGCGCGACCAGUUGGACAGCUUCGCCACCGAGGGCUUCGAGGCUCGGCAGGCUGAGCUGGGUGCGUCGAAAGCGGGCCCGUCGCGUACUUAA